AUGCCGGACCCUCGGAAUGUGCUGCCAGAGUCCAUGGAUGGACAACUGCAGAAUCCUAUCUCAUCCUCUGCACAGCUGCACGACGAUCUUCUACACUCAGCAGACAAAAGCGCUCCCCUGGUCGGGAAGCCAGCGACCACUGUACCGGCUCCCAAGCCCGCCAACCUACCUUGGCCCCAGGUACAGCAUGUCGACAGUGACCAACAUGCCGACGGCACAGCUAUGGGAUCUGGAGCCCUGAGCAGUGGACCUGUAUCGCCGAUAUCGCCUGGAGACUCAUCCGAAGCCUUGCGAACGCCAGGUGUUUCAGACCGACAGAAGUACACGUACCAUCCCUCGUCCCCCGGUGGGACAUCACAGUUGCCUCCCCGUCUGCAUUCCCCAGCCUCUCAGAUUUUUGAACGGAGUGUUCAAGAAGAUAUUCUCCCUCAGCAAGCGUCCCCGUCUAUACCCGCACAUAUUCGCACCGAGAAUUACAUUCCUCCAGUGCUGGAGGCCUCAUCAGCCGCCAUCACCGACGAUCAAUUGGACCCGGAUUCGGUGGAAAUCAUCACUCAUAGUAUGCACCAGUCCGCUGCCGCAGGCGUGACCGGUUCGUCAACAGCAGAGCAUUCACUCACGUCCUCCGGCUUUGUUGAUCAUGCGGGGUUCCACUCUAUCGAGGCAGAUGAAGGCUCCUCCACUCAUGCAGCACUGGAGUCCACGGAUGUGCGACGUCUGAGCUUCAUUUCAUUUGCUGAUGUCGUCAAUGCAGAACAUGCAGAGACCGGAGAAUCGGUGUAUAGUCGAGAACCCUCCCAGGUUGGAGGAGCUGCCACCCAUUCGAUUGCCACGGGAUACCAAAAUCGGUCGCCGUCACCGUUACGAUCUCCAGCUUCUUCACAUGGACUGGGAACAUCACCACCAACCAGCAUUGCGACCUCCUUCAAAGGCCUCGAAAUGUCGCCAAACCAUGGCACUCGCGGCGCGGGAAGUCCCCUCCCCUUGGCUCAAAGCCCAGUUUCCUCCAGUUUCGGUGGUGAACUGAAUAUCGAAACGAUGCGACAAGCGCUCAGAAGAACUGGCAGUGGAGAUCUUGGAGGGUUCGCCAGCCAGACUGCUAGUGCCAUCGGCAAUGAUGAGCCCUUGGAUCGUCAUUUCUGA